UUCCCGACUAGCUCCACAAGUCAACUUUGGCUCAACCAAUGGCGUGAGUUCAGGGCGGGGCUUUCUGUUUUUAUAAUCAAUGGAAGACAGGAUGAGUUCAGUUCAGUGGUGGCAGAAAUGACUUAACCUUCAAUGUCAGGCUGUAAGUCUGUGGCAAUAGUGUAUGUUAUAUCACAGAGACAAUAUACUCUUACAUUAUUUGAAUAGUGAAUGCAAAAAGUAGGUUUAAACUUGACAAGUACUUCUUGACAUGUUUUUCUUGUUCGAGUACAUAUGUCUCAAAUCACCGCCUUCAUUGUGACAUCACUUAUAAGGUUUUUCAACUAUGGUGUAAACUUCCUCAUUCGUUUUAAUCACAUUUUGUGUUCUUACACACAGGGAACAUCUAUAUCAGGCUCACACUGACAGCAUCCCAUUCCUCACCACAACUGAAAAAAAUGGCAGAUAAUAACUAUGCAUUUUACAUACAUGGAGCCAAGGAACAAAUGUGUUCUGGAUACCUUUACAAAUCUCCCCCGGAAAAUCUGUUCAAGUCCCAGAAAUCAUGGAAAAGGAGGUUUUUUGUUCUUCUAAAGUACACGGACAGCAUGUGCCAACUUAAGUACUACAAAAAUGAAGAGAAGAACAAACCACUGGGAGACAUUGACUUGUCUAAUGUCACAUACAUGUUCCUGUGCCCUGAGAUGCAAACAAUGUGGAAAUGGAUUCAGAACAAUUUCAGAUGUUCUUCUUCAUGUGUAAUGUUUAUAAGAGUACCAGAAAGAGACUACUUCCUUAUAGGAGAAAACAGUUGGGAGAUGGAAAAAUGGUUCAAUGCUUUAUUUGACAUCUUAAACAAUCGUCCACACAGACUGUUGGAUCCCAAGACAUUUGGGUCAGAGAGACACAUCAGUGAACCUCCGCAAUCAGAAAAUGACAAUAAGCAGAAAACUGAGUGGGAUCAUACAAAAUAUGUUACACAUGAGCUGCCAUCAUCUGUGACCCAUGAACCCAACUACAUUUCUCCCAAAAAAUUGAAGUGUAUUAAGACUGAACUAACAACAGAAAUAAAUCAUGAAAAUGACGACACAGAUGAUCUGUCAAAUCAAAGCAACAAUAUCAGGAUGUCCAACAACAAAAAGAAACCAACAGCAACUUCAAAAUUUUACAAUGAACCAGCGAUGGUGGAGGAAUUGUACACUGGAUACCUGAUCAAGUCCCCCGCUCAACAAGCCCUGACUAAAAACACUAAAUCAUGGAAGCGUCGUUUGUUUGUGCUGUCCAAGACUGGAGAAGACUCCUACCAGCUGGCAUAUUAUGCAAACGAAAGAAAAGAGAUCGAACUUUCUAAGAUCAGCCUGUUGUUUAUUGGCCCCGAGGCACAUCAGAAAUGGGACUGGAUCCAGAAAAACUUCAAGUGUUCUCCAUCCUCUGUGCUGUUCUUGAAGGUGGAAGAUGACACACCAAAACAUUCAAGAGAUUAUUUCCUCAUUGGAAAAAACAGUGAUGAUGUGGAUGGCUGGCUCAAUGCCUUAGUCAAGGUAAUGAAGACCCAGAAAUCAAGAAAUACCCUUCAGGAAAACAGAUUUAGAUCAGCAACUGAACCUGUAAAGAGUUCGGAACCAAUGGUUGAGGAUGAGCCUGGUGACAGACGGUCAGCACCUGAAUUAAUGCUAACUUACCCAUCACCGUACAGCCAUUAUGAUUAUCCUCGCAAGCUCAGCGAACCUCCACUACCAGUAGCGCUCAAGAUUCCAGUUAUUGAGGAUGAAGAUGAUGAGGACGAGAUGCAGGAUGAAUCUGCAGAAGACAGUGAAUACAUGUCCAUGGCAUCAUUGCAAAGAGCUUUUGAAGAAGACCAACAGGAUACGGACACUACGUGCAUGCAGAAAAAUGAAGCGCACACACAUGUUGAGAAGGAGAUCUGCGUUAGUCAAAAUGAUCUGAAAAACAGUCUGAUCUUGACACAAGAAGAAGGCAAACCAUGUGUCUCUGACUGUCGGAAGAUUCAGGACUUGUGUCUCUUCCAUAAGGGGGACCAGAUCCUGGCCUUCAAUGACCUGCUUAUAGACACAGUAGAAGAGAUACAGACAUACGUAAGAAGACUAAGCAAGGAUGAGGUAAAACUCACUAUUCGGCGGCUCAUAGGAUCCCAGCCUCUGCACUCUGAACCCUGUGCAUCAUAAUGAGGACAAGAAACUGUGGGACAUUAAACCUAAUUCAAGUCUAAUCAUACAGGUGGAAAACAAGGUGUAAAUGAAGAUCAGAAGAGCAGUCAGGUUAUCUAAAAUAACUUGUCCUCUUUUGACUGUAUAUUAAUCAUGUAAAUGUGUAAAAGAGUGUGAAUGUUAAAUUCAUUGACCUUAAAAUGUCACUGAAUAAAAAGAAAUAAGUAAGAUUUAGACAGUAUAUGUACAUGAAACUAUGUGAGUGGUAGGGGGAAUAUUAGUUCACAUCUGUUAAUGUGAAACACAGGGGUCAAGUAUUACUUUAUAAUAAGUAUAAAGGUUAAUUCACAUUGAAAAAUGCACAGUUCUAAAUUGUUAAUGUAUUUAAACCUCUUUAAAGAUGCACUUUUUUUACAAUCUUAACAGUAUGAGGUACUUUAUAUACCGUGUAUAUACAAGUUUUCUGUCAUUGUUUAUUUUGUUUUGCAAAGCAUUUACCCAAUGAUGUAUUGCUCCUAGUCAUUAUGCAUUGAUUCAAAUAUUUCAGUCACUCUUUAGACUGAUGAAAACUGAAUACCAUGUAGCCUACAUAAUGUAUAUACAUGUAUUAUACUGUAGAAAAGCAUGUAUUUGCAGUAUUAUUAAAGUAUUAUUAAACUUUUGAAA